CUUUAACUUAACAUGAAUUUGAAUGGAAACUGGCGCUGAACGACCGAGAUCUCGGCGUCCCCGUUUGCCUUCAGUUUUACCAAAUUCUCUGGAGGUGGAAGUUGGAGGAGAGAGCAGCUGGAGAGCUGUGUACGUCGACAUGGCACAAAGGAAAGAAGUGUUUCAAUCAAAGGUACUCAAGAAACUUUACCCUGCACCUUCCAAAUUGGAUAAAGAACGCAGCCCACCACGCAUUGUAGAAGCCCUUGCCAAAAAAACUCACGUGAAAAGAAAAGUUUCUGGAGAGGACAAAGCAUGUGGAGAUGCGGGGAAGACGAAGAAUGCAGCCAAUCCAGGCAGGCGGAUGUACACAGUUUUACCUCCUCCUGCAGACUACAAUAUACAUUCAGAGGAAUCCGUCACACUUACCCAGCUAGAAAGCAUAAAUAGUGCAGAGGACCCAGCUGAGGAGAGCGUCCAUGAUGGCAGUGAAGAAGUGGAUGGAGAAAAAGAGGAACAGAAAAGAAGGAGAAGAAGGAAGAGGAAGCAAGUCUCUGGGAAAGAUGGGGCAGCUCCGGUGGGUGAGUCCAGCACAGUUCGGAUGCAGGUGGACCAGGGAGAAGAGCGCAUUAGCAAGAACAAGAAGAGAAAACUGAAAAAGAAACGGCACAAAGAGAAGCUGCUCUCCAUGGGUCUGGUGCAACGGGCCGCUGCGCUGGAGUUCACCUACCAAAAAGAUGGAGAGGCAGAGGCGGAGGAUGUCGAGAUCAAAGCUGCUGAGGUGUCAGACUUCCUGAGGACAACAAUGGAAAUCUAUACGUCAGAUUCCUUGUUACAUGUAGCCAAGGUCCCCCACCUGUCUGCUACCGUGGAUGACCUUCUGGGCAGCAUAGCCAGUGGAUGCAAGUCUGCGUCUGUCCUGAAUCAGUUGUACCGUCUCAAGGCCUUUGUACAACAGAAGGAGACAGACGAAUUAGAAAAGGCACUGAAAGAGCUCAACAACAACCCCUCCAUGUCUGCAGAGGAAACAACUGCAGUCGUUUCUCUGUUCCAAUACUGGAUCACAGACAUUCUUCCCAUGCAGGGAGACAAGACGACAAAGCUUUCUACAACUCACCCAUGAGACUGUCAAUCACACAGAAACGGAGAUGCCACUAUAGGAUUAUUUCUUCCUCUACUCCUGGAAAUUCUCUUCUUACACACUUAUUUGAAAAUGUUGGGCAUUACAUGUUAAUAUGUACAAUAUGUUUUGUUAUGAAACACUUGACCUAUG